UCUAGAAAGCUUUAAAAUUUUCACUGUUUUGUGGCAAAGAGAUUGGCUCUUUAUUUAAGAUUAUUGCAGUUAGAGGAAAAUGUGAUUCCAGUUAAACUGAUUAAAUUCAAGGAAAUUAGUAAUGAUGUGAGCUAUAGUUUUUUUGUUGACUAUUGAAGGCAGUCCAAGUAUGUCUAUAGAUGUCUAUUUUUCUUUAAUUGAGGUUAGUGGCUUCCUUAUGGGUUAGUAAGAGGAAAAAAUCAGGAGCGACAGUAAACAGAACAGCUGAAUUUGUAUUUGCAAGUUAAAUUCAGCUACUCCGAUACCAGAUUAAAUCUUCAGGUUUAACAAGGCUUCUGAAUUCUGGUAGAUGAUGUUCAAGCUCUUAAAGAGACAUCAACCACUUGCAUAUUAUUAUCCUUAGAUUUCUGGCUUUUUUUGAUUUAUAUUCUGCAUAGAGUAGAAUUACAUAGCUUACUUUUUCCUGUAGUUCCUUCAUCAGUAUCUGUUUCUAGCCCACUUUAAAUUAUGUACUUGUGGAAAAUAUCUAAGGUAGGCUUAGUAUGAAUUAAAUUGUCCCUCUUUAUGAGCUUACUGUUCACUGAACAAACUUGUUUACUAUUAAUACCUAAUAUAAUCAGAAAUGGGGAACAUUUGUCAGAAUUAAAAAUGUGAAAAUAGAAAAAUAUAAAUCAAUCUCAUAGUUUCCUUGCCAGUUGUUAAAUUAUUAUUUAUUUGAUUUGGUCUAUAGUGAAGAAAAUUAAUCUGCUUAGGAACACUGUGGGGGGAAGGUAAGCAGUUAAGUAUGCUGCCUCCUACCAGGGAAUAUUUAUCAAGUUUUCUGCUGAACUAAUCCUGAGCUAGCUGAAACACCUCUGGAGGUAUUAAGUGAUAAGCACAAGUGUGUUUAGAUCGACUUUCUUUUAAAGGAUAUCCUGAUUAAACAUAAUAUUGUGUCAAAAUGUGAGGAUGAGUUAGUUAUAUAAUAAAAAUAUGGCUACAACUGCUUUUUCAAGGUACAGCUCUUAAUUCUUUCUUCUGCAUUCAUGAACUGUCACACAGAAUUGCACUCUUGCUUUCGUUUUUUCUGCUGUUGACUAUUGUAUAUCAUUUGAACUUUUAAUUUCAUUUUGUGCCGCGUAAUCUUCAUGGAAGACUACAUUUGAGAGACGUGGUUUGUUUGUUUUCUUGUCUCGUUUCAGCAUGCGAUAAUAGACCCUAUCUUUUCAGGUCUGUGGAGGAGACAUUUUCACUGGAGUAAGAGGCAGCAUUUUUGACACUCUGUCGCGGAGUGGUGUGGACCUGACAAGCCUCUUUCUUCUGGUGUCAGUAACAGACCUUUUACCAUGAGUAAUUCCACUCCAGCUACAGGUGUUCUUGUUCCUGCUUUCUGCUCUGCUUCCAGAACUUCUUGAGCAGCAACACAGACAGAUAAAGCGAAUAAAAAGAAGAAUUUAAAAAGAGACAGAUCGCCAUGUUCCCCUUCACGUGUUCUUCAUCUUCGUCAAAUUCCAAGUGAUGUUACUGAAGCAGAAGUCAUUUCAUUAGGCCUCCCUUUUGGCAAAGUAACCAACCUCUUGAUGCUAAAAGGAAGAAGUCAGGCAUUUUUGGAAAUGGCUUCUGAAGAAGCUGCUGUUAGUAUGGUGAACUACUAUACCCCUGCUGUAGCUCAACUCCGCCACCAGCCUGUUUAUAUUCAGUAUUCCAAUCACAGAGAACUUAAGACUGACAAUCUGCCUAAUCGGGCUAGAGUCAAAGCUGCGUUGCAAGCUGUGAACGCUAUGCAGUCCGGAAACCUGGCUGUUAGUGCUGACAGAGAAGUCCUUCCAAGUCAAGGUUCUGUUCUUCGAAUCAUUGUUGAAAACCUUUUCUACCCUGUCACUUUAGAAAUGCUGUAUCAGGUUUUCUCUAAAUUUGGAUCUGUUUUGAAGAUUGUCACCUUCACUAAGAACAAUCAGUUCCAAGCUUUGCUCCAGUAUGCUGAUCCAAUGAAUGCAUUUUAUGCCAAAAUGGGUCUGGAUGGCCAAAAUAUGUACACUGCGUGCUGCACUCUGCGUGUUGAUUUCUCCAAAUUAACUAGCCUAAAGGUAAAGUACAACAAUGACAAAAGUAGAGAUUUCACUCGCUUUGACCUUCCUUCUGGUAAUGGGCACCCACCCCUGGAACCACCCAUACCUGCUGCCUAUGGCACCCAUAAUGUUAUCUUUCCACCAUACAUAGGCGCUGCAGGGUUUCCCCCAGCCAUGGGCUUUGCUCAAGGUGCUGGUCUUUCAGUUCCAGCUCUUCCUGGAGGACUUGGUUCUCUUGCAGUCACCACACCUGCAGUGCCUGGACAUAUGACUGCUCCUGGUGCUGCUGGUGUUCCAGGAAACUCUGUUUUACUAGUCACCAACCUCAACCCUGAAGUCAUCACACCAGAUGGACUUUUCAUCUUAUUUGGUGUGUAUGGUGACGUGCAUCGUGUGAAGAUCAUGUUUAAGAAAAAAGAAAAUGCUUUGGUUCAGAUGGCAGAUGCAAACCAGGCUCAAUUAGCCAUCAACUACUUGAAUGGACAGAGGCUUUAUGGAAGGGUCCUUCGUGCUACCUUUUCAAAGCACCAGGCAGUUCAGCUUCCUUGUGAGGGUCAACAGGACCAAGGUCUGACGAAGGACUAUAGCAAUAGCCCUUUACAUCGCUUUAGGAAGCCUGGCUCGAAGAAUUUCCAAAACGUCUUUCCUCCAUCUGCCACCCUGCACCUUGCCAACAUCCCGCCUUCUGUUACUGUUGAUGAUCUGAAGAACCUUUUUGAAAAUGUGGGAUUUACUGUGAAAGCCUUGAGAUUCUUACAGAAAGAUGGCAAAAUGGCUCUUAUCCAGCUGCGCUCUGUGGAGGAAGCACUUCACGCUCUCAUUGAGCUUCACAAUUACGACUUUGGAGAAAACCAUCACCUCCGAAUUUCCUUCUCAAGAUGUACAGUCUGACUUUUCCGUGAAUUUUCCUUUUCAGGCUGCAUCACAGUCUUAGUAAAAUCUUCAAAUAGAUACUGAAACAGCUGUGACCAGCUCUGUCUCUUAAGAGAAAAAGCUCAUUCAUAUACAAAGAAUUAAGUGAUGGUCUUUUCUGAUGUUAGCUGCCAGUUUAAUUUUCAUUCAUAGAAAGAAUAUUCUGUAGAAUUGCUUCAGCAACAAUAUUUAUCAUUAAAUUUGCUACUUAAAAUUUUUUUUCAGAGCAUACUUUUAGCUUUUGUUUGAAAUCAGCCUUACAAAACAUUUUUGAGUGCUUUUACAAUAUACCAAACAGAAUAUUUCUAACAAAACGGUAAAUCUACUCUAGACAGAUUAAACACUAAUUUGAAUGUGAAAUAGUGCUUGGGUUUCCUGAAGAAAAGCAAGCACUGACUGUGAGUGUCCUCUAAAUAGUAUUUAUGUUACCAUGAUGUGUGUUCAUACUUUGGCAAAUCUUUACAAAUAACUUUAAAAAAAAAAACAAAAAAAACCAAAAAAAAACAAAACAAAAAAAAAAAACCAAAAAACAAACAGAAAGUCUGUGCUGUUCAUAUGGGUUAAAUUAUUAGAGGAAAGGCAGUGCCUUCUCUCUGUGGAGUAAAAGAUAUUUUAAAUGGUAUCAGACUUAGCUUGACUAAACCGUGGAAUGGAAGUUUGAAGUCUUAUUUUUACUAUGAAGUGAUGUUGUAUAAUAGUACUUUGGAGAAAAUAAGACAAAAAAAUAGUCCUGAUUUCAAAGAAUUUUUUACAUUUCUUUAAAGAAAAAAAUGUUUACAAUCUUAUGGAAAAUAUUCAGGUCUAUGAUGGUUUGACAAAUUUUUAAGAAGUUAUUUUUGUUAAGGUCAUCUUUGGGGGCAGAAAAAUCAAACUUCAAGAAUUUUUUGUACCACUAUAAUGGUACCUAUAAUACCAUUAGGUAUUAGAUAACUGUAAUACCUAAAUUACUGUGUAUUUACCUGAUUUCUGAUUAUGUGCCUUACUAUGUUCUUACUAUGUUCUUAUGAUACAAUAGCUUAGAGUUUCAUCUGAAGUAUCUUGAAAAAUACAUUAUGGGUUUUGUGAAAAUUGUCUUUUUUGGUCUUUUUGGAAAUGUUUUCCUUGAUACUUCAAAAUAUUUUUUCCAUUAAGUAAAACUCCGAAUUCUAGUCUCUUGUGGUUUGGUGUGGAGAUUGGAUAGAGGUGGAAAUAAGAUUUAACUCAUUGCAUAAUUGUAUGGGGAUUCUUUGAAUUUACCUGGUUGCACUUUUCACACCCAGAAAAAAUGCACUAUAUAAAACCUAUAGAGAAAGACCAAACAGCAAAUUCACUCCAGUUUCUGCAUUUCAGCCAACUUGUUGAGAAACAUGCACUUCAGAAUAUUCACUGCAUUUUUCUUUCAAUAUUAAGCUUCAAGUAAAGAAAGCUACCAUUCCUUCCAUUAUAAGUAUGAAAAAUUGUUUGAUACCGAAUGUCCAUUUCUCUUUGGGGAAUGAGCUAAGACAUAGCUUGUUUUGGUGUUGAAAGUACGUAUGAACUUAAGUGACUUCCAGUUGGAUUUUAAAAACUUAAAUUUCAUUUUAAGAGAUUUUUCUUUCUAGUGUUCACUUAACCACUCUUUAAAGAAUCAUUCCUCUCAAACAUAGCAUUUGUUUACUUCUAACUGCUGCAGAAUUUGUUUCUGCUGUAAUGUUUUGUCACUCAUUCAUUUUGGUUUUUCAUUAAUUGGUAUGAAUAGUAUAACUGUGUUCUAUCUUUCUAGAAGAAACGGCAUGUUUCUGCCAUGAUCUGUGUAUUCUGGAGUAGGAUUUUUCAAAUUUUCUCUCUGGAUUAUUUUUGCAAAAUCGGCAAGAUACUAGCUUGCCUUCUUUUAAUGUAUGUAAACUAAUGAGAGGAGCAGCAGCCUCUCGUAGUAAAGAAGGUGACAGACCUCUAUAUUGCAACAGAAGUGUGCUAUUUGGCACACCCCCAUCUCUCCUGGGAAGCACUGGAAGGCUGCUAGAAGGUCUCACUGGUGCCUCCUCAUCUCCAGGCUGAACAACCCCAACUAUCUCAGCCUGUCUUCACAGGAGAGGUACUCCAGCCCUCUCAUCAUCUUUGUGGCCCUCCUCUGGACUUGCUCCAACAGGUCCAUGUCCUUCUUCUGUUGGGGAAGGAGUCAGAGCUGUGUACUCCAGGUGGGGUCCCACCAGAGCGGAGCAGAGGGGCAGAAUCACCUCCCUCGACCUGCUGGCCACGCUGCUGGGGAUGCAGCCCAGGAUGCAGUUGGCUUUCUGGGCUAUGAGCGCACGUUGCCGGCUCACGUCGAGCUUCUCAUCCACCAACACCCCCAAGUCUUUCUCCUCAGGGCUGCUCUCCAUCCGUUCUCCACCCAGCCUGUAUUUGUGCUUGGGAUUGCCCCGACCCAGGUGCCGGAUUUAUAUUCAGAUGUAAUAUAUGUAUUUUAUGUAAUAAUAUUCAGAGCAUACUAUUUACUGGAAGGUUAAUUUGGUUUAGGAAUAAUAGACAAUGUUAUCUUUGGGAUUUGAGGUAGUCCUUCCGGUUUCCCCCGUCUGAAGUAGCUAAUUCAGUUUGAUAAAGUUUGAAAUAAAUUUAAAAAAAAAAAAUCAUGAAAAAAAGUAAUUGUGUGUUGCCAGAGCAUCUUAUUAAAAAGUUACACGUUCAUGAUUUUAGCAAAAUGGAGUUGUAAGCAGGCUUAUUCAUUUGCAUAGGCCCUUUUUCACCAAGACACUUAAUUCUAAUUUAUGUCUAUGUUUUACCUUCUUAGCAGUCACAUUGCUGUCAGUUAAAGAGAAUCUUGCUGGACUGGGAAUGUUUCUUGUUUACUGCACAUAAAUUGGUUUGGUAAUACCAGGCCAUUAUCCAUAAAAUAUGCUUUGUCACUUUUCUUAAGAAGAAAUUACAGCUACAGAGGAGAGGAAUCAUAUUAGAUCUGAAUAUAACUCUAAAGCAGAAAAAAAGGAACCUUAUAUUUGAGAGCUAAUGUUGGCACAUAUAAUAUGAGGAGCAGUAUAUGCAUACUGUCUGUGUAAUAUGUUAUACAUUUAUACAGAUGUGUGAACCACAUGCAUUUUAAUUUAUUGACUCUGCUAGCAGAAGAUGGGAAAGCUUAAUGAAACAUAAAGGGAUGAGGGUCUCUUGAGUGUCUCUCAAAAAGAUAAAGGAAUAAUUUCUCAGUUUUAACUUAGAGUAUAGCUCUUGUCAGCUCUGGACUGUUUGCAGUUUGACAUGUAGACACCUACGGUUUAAGUUAGCAAAGAUUUACUAUUUUUUAAUUUAAGAAAAAUCUGGGUGGUAGAUGUUUAUGGUGUUUGCUUUUUGAUUUUGUAAUACAUUUAUCAUGUAUCUUUUUAAAAUUCUCCCUUGUUGUUGCUCUAUUUCUGCAGUUGAACUGUUGUCAACUUACUUUUAGAUCUGUAUAUAUCUUCAAGAUGCUGCCUCUUAGGGAGAUUCGCUUUCAGAAGAAGUGCAGACAAGCUUCAACACUAACAGUACAUCUUAAUGUUUGUUUAGCAGAAUGAAGGCACUAGUUAAAGCUAGUUUAUCUCAUUCAGCAUUCUUCCUUGAAUACUUAAAAGCAAAACUAUAACCCUUUGUUUAUCACAAUGCCUUGUUAGUGAAGGAUCGGGAUAAAUUCUUAUACUUUGUGAUUGAUUUAUUAGUGCCUGUCUGGAAAAGCAUGGUUGCAUCUCAGUCUUUGAUUCUCUAACGCAUGUAUGACCAGCCUCCUUGAUAUCUGUGAAAAGACAGGAUUUUGGAAAGAGUGGGAUUAUUCUAGAGAUUUUUACAAUGAUGUAGGUUCGAAAGGAAUCUCUGGUGGCCUUAGUUCUACCUCUUACUCCGAUUAGGGCCAUCUUUGAGCAGUUGCUCAGAGAAUUGUCCAGUUAAAUUUUCAGUAUUUCCAACAUUGGGGAUUUCACAAGUUCUCUGUUCUUCUCACUGUUCCAAUGUUUGACUGCUCUCAUUGUGAAUAUUUUUUCCCUCUAAUACAUAAUUAGGCUUUAAAGAUACAGCAUCCUGUGUCUGCCUUUUGUCCUGUUAACUGUGCAACUCCCGAGAAGAUUCUGGCUCCAUCUUCUCUGUACUGUGGCCUUAAGUUGGUAUUCUAUGCUUUAAUAUAGGUUCUUGAUUGCUGUUUAAAUAAUUUGUGAAGUCUCUGGUAACAUGCGUAGUGUGACCCAGAACUUGUACUCUAAACCAGUAGUGGUCAAAAUCAUAUAGAAUCAUAGAAUCGUCUAGGUUGGAAGAGACCCUUGGGAUCAUUGAGUCCAACCUUCUACCUUACUCUACAAAGUCCUCCCCUACACCACACAAAUGUUACUACAGGUACUGGAAAUGGAUAAGGGUAGAGUUCUCUGCCUCAAAUCCACAAAUGUCAAAUCCACAAAUCAGCUCUGGGUUACCUCUAGCUCCAAUUUUUUUUUGGUGGAUGCACACUUGGUUCAAAGUGUAGUAAGGCCUUUUUAACAACCCAGGAGCAGUUUAGUGCCUUUUCAAAUGACCUGUGAUUUGUUCUGUAAUGGUAAAAUUUUUGCUUCUUUGGAUUUCUUCAAAUGUCUUUUAACAUUAGAACAAAUUUCUGGAAAUUUGAUUCCUAAUUUGACUUGGUUGCCUUGUCUAUCGGUCCUUUCAGUUGCACUUUUUCUGUGCACUCAUAAAUUGAGGUCCUUUUUAUGCCUACAAUAAUCCACGUAUCUAAGAAGGUUUGCCUAUAUAUGAUGUUUUCUGAUUACCGAUGGCAAACCUGUGUUUGUAUGCCGAAAAAACUGUUUGCCUUUGUUGAUAAUAUUAUAUGCCAGCGUGGUUGUGUGACCAAAUAUCUUGUGCUUCUCUGAUUCAUAUCAGUGGGAAAGUGAUGAGUUCUGUUUUUAUAAGGGAUAUGGAUCUACUACUUGUCAUUGUAUACUGUUAGCUCAUUCUGCUGUUUUUUCAAAUGAGAGGUGAAUUGCUUACAAAAAGCAUAGUUUUGCUUUACCUUUUGCCCUGGUGUGUUGUUAAUCGGAGCAGAACUCCCAGACAAUGCUUUUACUGUUGUGCUGAAAGGAUACUGGUCAGAUUGCAUGGAAUUUUUUCUUUAAAUUAGCUUUAUCUUCUAACUGUCUUCUGAAGAUUUCUUUGCUGUAUACAAGACUGUUUGACUGCUCUGUUUAAAGCAAAUCCUAACAGUUAGGAAUUGUGAAUUAUUUCAAGAAAGAAUGGAAAAUUUCUGAGGUAUUUAACUUCAGGGUUUUAUUGCAGGAGGAGGGGAUUGGGGACAGGAACAAAAUUGGACCAAAGUUUAUGUGCCUUCAGUAGUUUUAUGUUUAGGGGUUUUCAUGUCUAUUGCUGUCUUAAAUAUGCUACUUCUUUUUUUUUUUUCCCCAUAGAAAUUUUAUGUCUAUAUCGGUAAAAAUGAAUGUUGUCCACUAAUUAUACCUGAAGUGAAUUGCAGCUGCUUCAAUACCGGUUGAAUUAUCCCUCUGUUUUUACCAUUGCAGGUUUUUUUUUUUCUUUUGUACUGCAAUAUGCAAGAACCCAAGCAUAACCCACAUAUUUCUAAUUUCGAAUAGUAAUAACAAGUUGUGCCUAGAGCAGUCCCAAAGAAAUGAAUUGCUGACGUAGUUAAAGGUCCUUGAUAGACGAAGAAAGCUUUUACCUUAGCAGACUAAUGUAAUCACUGUAAACAGUUUUUUAGUUCUUGGAAACUGUGCAUUAUUUAUGAGCGGGAAGCUAUCGCUUAUGUACUUGGUUCAUUUUAAGCACUUUCCAAUUCUUUUUGAAUACGUUAAUCCGCUUUCUGCAGAAGUUUGCCCUGGAGCUGCAGCAGCACAAGGCAGAGGUUGCUAAGCAGGCAGAGUCUCGCAUCCGAGCGUCACCUCGCUCUCUGACCAAAGACUGACUGUUCCGGUUCUACCGAGACAUUUUGUGGUGUCUUCUCCCAUGGCCCUUUCUGAGGGGAAGACACAAUGCAAAGUGGCCUUUACUUGAGACUACUACUGCUGGAUUAAACACAGGGGAAAAUGACAUCACAAUGUGAACCAAAUGGUGCGGGAUAAGGCAAAAAGUUAAUGUUCUACUUUUAGUACUGUAUUCAAGACACACAAAGCACGUCUAAGAAUUGCUGACAUUCCCUCAUUUUAUGUGAUCUGCUCAUAAAAGUUCCCUUUCAGUUCAUAAAAAUGUUCAUCUAACACAAGAAAAUGCUGUAAAUAUUUGUAACAUCAUGUUUCGUGUUGUUUUUUGUUUGGUUUUAUUUUUUUUUUUUUUAAAACCUGGCCAAAAGUGUUUUGGGGAACAAAUGGAAGUGUAAAAUGUUUUUAUAUUUUAAAAAAGCAAUUGUCUUGUAUAUUUUAAUAAGCAACAGCUUUCCUUUAAAAGCAUCUGUGGUAUUGCAUAAAAAGGAUUUCAUAGCUGUUGAGAUGACUUAAAACUGAAAAGAUGUAAUAUUAAAGAAAUCUAUUUUCUGACUUUGUAGUGAAUUGUUAAUUUGAUUUUGUUUAUGCUACAAUAUAUUCUGUUUCUUUUAGGUUAGUGUAUUUGCUGAUUGCUUAGUAUCUAUACCUGACUCUUUUCCUAACUCUAGUUGUUGUAGCAUGCCUUUUAAUAAAUGUCAUUACAGCUCUACUCUCUUAA